UUAGGCUACUCACAGCCCGGCUGGUGAGAGUGAGGACACCGAGACAACGAGCACAUCCUCUCCCGCUGGUCCGCUUGAAACCGUCGAAGGUAUCCGGGGAAAAAAUGUCUGCCAUGAGUCCGAACCGAGAAACCAGGAGCUAACGGCUGCUUUGACUUCGACCGUUGAAUGUGAAGUUUGAAAGUUUUCCCUUCGGACGGUGGUCUGUGAGCUGCGAGAGGGACAGGUGUCCUUUCGCGUCACCAGCGCGUGCCUCUCGUCCCCUCUCUCCAUCUCCCGCUGGACUGUACCGGGGCUAGGAGUUUUAACUUUUAUUUUUGUACAAAGUUGGACUUUUUCUGAGCCAUGUUGUGGACGAGGUGGCUCGUCCUGCUGCUCUGCUGGGGGUCCACGAGCGGCGAGCGGCCGGCGGAUGAAAGGGACGAGACCGCGGCGGAGGCCCGGACGGACUCCCGCAGACAACGGUCCCCUCCACCGGUGGAGCCGUUGGACUUUGGCUUCGUGCCGGCGGCGGUGUAUGACACCCACGCGUACUACGAACCGGGGCCCGUGGGGAUCCUCUUCCACAUGGUCCACGCUUUUCUCUACGUUAUUCAGCCGAACGCCUUUCCCAAAGAUCUGAUUGUUAAGGUCAUUCAACAAAACAUGGGAGGAAUCAAAAUAGAAGAAUGGAGAAAGCCAGAAAAUGUGGUGCUGUUCCUCCAGUGGAUCCACUACGAGGCCGGAUUCCUCAUAUGUGCGACCAUCGGCAUCAUCUUUCUGGUCCUCACCCCCAUCAUCGGCCUGUGUUUCUGUUUGUGCCGGUGCUGUGACAACUGCGGAGGGGAGAUGCACCAGAGACAGAGAAAGAACAUCGACUGCCAGAGAGGUUUCUUCACCGCCUCGCUCAUCGCCACCUCCAUCUUCAUUGUUCUGGGAGUCCUCAUCGCUUAUGCUGCCAACCACAACAUCAGCAUGCAUAUUAAGAGCACGCAGCAGCUCAUCAACACCAACAUGAGAGACCUAAAGACAUUUGCCAACAACACACCUGCGCAAAUUGAAUACCUGACAGCCCAGUACACCACAGCAAAGAACAAAGUCCUAUCAGACCUCGACAACAUUGGACCUUUGCUGGGUGGGCGGAUCCACAGUCGGCUGGAGAAAGAGGUGGUUCCCUCGCUGGACACUGCGCUGCGUAUGGCAGGAGCAAAAGUUGAGAACGCCAUCAAAGCCAUGCGGGAGACCAAAGAGGCCUUAGAGAACAUCAGCUCCUCCUUGGAGGUUCUCCAGGAGGGGACGGUGAAACUUCAAGCCAGCCUGUCGGGGGAGCGCGCCUCUCUGUCCAACACCUUGUCGGACCCGGCCUGCACCAACGGAGCCGUGGCCCGCACCUGUAACGCCAUCCGCUCCACGCUGUCGCAGCUGGGAAUCAAUGCUGACUUCUCCACGCUGCGAGAUGUCACUCGUGCCUCGGAAAAUAUCAACGCUGUCCUGAAAACGGACCUCAGCAAAAUUGUACAAAAGGGUUACUCAUCCUUUAAUGAUACACCAAAUCUGGUUAAAGAACAAACUAAAAACAUUGUCUCAGCGCUGCCUCGAGUAAAAGGCAUGCUGGAUAAGAUCGGCAUAGAGAUCAACAGCUUCUCCAAGAUGUUCCCAGUGGAAUCCUCUCUGGUCAAUUUCACCAUGUUCCUCAACGAAGAACAGAAAAAAAUCGAGUCCUAUUACCCACAGGUUGAGCAAAUGGAUUUCUACAGGUGGAUCGGCUGUGUGGCAGUGCUCUGCACGCUCGUCCUGGUCCUGGCCUUCAACCUCCUGGGACUGCUGUGUGGCACCUGUGGCUACGAUAAGCAAGCUACGCCGACAACAAGGGGCUGCCUGUCGAACACCGGCGGCCACCUGCUCAUGGCUGGGGUGGGCUUCUCCUUUAUCUUCGUCUGGGUGCUGAUGACCAUUGUGACCGCCUUGUUUGUUGUUGGUGGCAACAUAGAGAAGAUGAUGUGCGAACCGCUCGCUAACCGGCAGCUCUUCAAGAUCAUAGACACACCAUUCCUGGUUCAUCCCUCCAAGAAGAACUUCCUUCCUGGGAUGCUGUUUCAGAAUCCGAACAUUGACUUGACUUUGGGAAGCAUUUACAGGGACUGCUAUGAGAACAACGGUCUGUACCAUUCUCUCCAGCUGGAGACCAUGUUCAACAUCAACUCCUUCCUCAACAGAACUUUGUUAAAACAGUACAACAGGGAUCUGGCCAAAGUGUUUGAGAGUGUGCAGGUGGGCCUGCAGGACAUCACGCUGCUGGAGCCGGCCGGCAGAGACAACCUCAUCAACUUCGCCAACUCCGGAGUUGGAAAUAUCGACUAUGAAGCCUACCUGGCGGAGGUCAACAAGGGAGUGGCUCUGGUGGAUCUCCUCUCCUUCUCUACUGACCUGGAGACUCAGGCCGACCAAAUGCCACGCGGUGCUCUGGAGAACGCACUGAAAGGACACGCCAGCAGGAUCAGACAGAUUCACAGAGAUCAGGUGGUUCCCAUGGAGCAAGCAAUGAAAUAUGUCCGAGCGCGGAGCACACUGACCCAGAGCAUCAAGCAGCUGCAGAGAAUGUCCAGCGACCUGCCGGUCAAGGUCAGGAAUAUCCUGAGUGCCAUCGAUGCAGCAGAGUACCUCAUCACUCAUAACGCCUCCCAUGUGGUGAAACAGGAAACACAAGGCUACACAGAGAGCUUGGUGGGAUACUUCAAACAGUAUACACAAUGGGUCAGCAACUCUUUGACUACGGAGGUGGCCCAGUGCAAACCCAUCAGUAACAUCGUGGACAGCAUUGAGAUAGUAGCGUGCAGCUUCGUAGUCGAUUCAGUGAACACAUUCUGGUUUGGACUGGGAGGCUGCUGCAUCCUUCUGAUUCCCAGUAUCAUCUUCUCCACCAAACUGGCCAAAUAUUACAGAAGGAUGGACACGGAGGACGUCUUUGAAGAUCUGGGUAAUGCAGGUAAUCAUGGCGAACAUGUGUGCGAUCCCCUCGGAGACCUCGCUGUGCUCAGGUACGAGCCGUGUCUGCUUGCAUGCCGCGGCGUUGAUUGGCGGAGGGAUAUUUCUGGAGAGUCUGCAACCAUUUGAUACAUUUCUAAACUUUUUAAAGAAUUCCCCAUUUGUGUGUGUGCGUGUGUGCAUAGCUCUCCCUAUUGUGACACUCUGACCCGGUUCCCUCGGGCCUCUGCUCCCCCGAGCUGCUCUGACUGGUGACCCAAAGCGACUCGUCGAUGAGGUACUGACCGACUGUCGGGUGUAACUUUGCACUAACCCUCAUCUAACAACGUUAACCACUCAAACCACCUGAGAAUCACCAGCCAUUGAAUCAUCAGUCUGGUUUCACACGGGAGAUCUUCUUCUUCUUCUUCUUUCUAUUUUUUCUUCAUUCUUCAUCCGUCCCCGUCGUCUCUUUUGAGCGACGAUGUCCAUUCAAACACUGAGUCUCCAAGAGAAGAAGUUCCUCCUGGUGGAGUUAAGAGGAAGACGCCCUCAUGGUCUUUGGACGUGCUGCAGGAAGGAGAAGCACGUCGUGGUUACAGCGUCUUCAUUUGUGUGUUUGACAUGCUGUAAUAAUUUAUUUCUCUAUUAACAAUGUUUUUGAGCACUAUGGGAACAUCAACGGUAUGUUAUGGAGGGAUAUGACGCGCUUUAUAAUUGCAUGAUUUGGUUUUAUCCUCUAACCAAAAUGCAUCAUCCACUCUACCAAUACUUAAGGAAUAUUUGUAAAACACUAUCGCAGUUGUGACAUAUUUAUUUACAUCUGCAAUUUGUGCAAUUUUGCAUUUGUUUGAUAUAUCCCUCUACAAUCGAAUCACAGAAAAGGAAAUGACCGUUUUCAACUCGGGUUUAAAACAAAAUGUCUCCUUCUAUUGUGAUUUUAUUUUCUAUACUUUUCUGAGACUAAGUUGAUUUUAAUGUUCACCUUUUCCACAGCGGACAAGAGAACUGGAACUGAUGUUUCCCUCGUGGAUCACUGGACUUUCCAGCUUUCCCAUUCAGGUCUUGUUACACGUUCAAGGACCAAAGGGAAGAACAACAACAAUCAGGAACUGUGUGGUGAGGGAGUCCAACCCCCCCAUUACCCCUUCAAGCCAUUGGCAAGGACCCCAAAUGCCAGCCAACUGUAAUUUAUCAUCAUGUACUGUCUCCUUAAUGCCAGCAUCAGCAUCCUCAUCCUCUGGGUGUCAUAUUGUCCAUCAUCAACUUUCAGGGCAAUAUUCCCAAAUAGCUUUUACCUGUAGAGAAUACUUUUGUUUGUACUUAAGUUAUCAGUUUCUGACGUGGUGACACAAGUGUCCAUUUUGUACACUUUCAAAACUUUUGAAAGUUUUAUAUAUUGUUGUUAAUGUUUGUUUUCUAACAGAAGUAGGUUUUUGUAGAAAUAGCUCUUUAAUUCGUCAAUUAUUAUAAUGUAGUUUGCAUAAUUUUGGCUAGACGGGUUGGAUCGACUAGCAAAUUAGGGAAUGGUCUGGCAUUUUGGGAAAUACGAGUAUACACCUCUUGUGUCUAACAUUCUCUAAUUGCUCUAAACUAAUUAUAUGGCCCAAACCAAAGAAUUACAAAAUAUUGACCUGAUGAUGUCACUUAAAGAAAAUUCAGGUGACCACCAAUUCAUCCCCGGGACACCUUAAGUCCAACCAAUAAGUAGUCUUGACGUCUCACUGAAAGCCAAUCAUGAUAAACAAAACCAAAUGUGUUAAGACUGAUGCUCAACAAUGUCUGUAAGAAAUGCCAGAGCAAUCCAUGGAGCCACGAGCAUGGCCGAAAACGACAAUUUACAGGGGCUUUAUGCGCUGGACUAUUUCUUAAAUGGUCUUCUGAGAGUCGUUUUAAUGCUUUUUAAAUUAAAUAUUAAACAAAUAAAAUGAAUACUUUUUAAAUCGUGAACAUGAGAGCUGGUGAGUUGUAGUUGUUGUUCCCUUUUGGUCAGAACCAGGCUAACUCUUUUCCUGUUUACAGGCUGUGUGCUAAGCUAACUGUCGCUAUGCUGUAGCUUUGUUGUUAGCAUACAGACAUUAGAGUGUUACUGAUCUUUUUAGCUGACUUUCAACAGGAAAACAAAAACUCAAUAUUUCCCAGAAUGUCAAACUAUUCCUUGAGACAUUGAGGGAGGAAACUGACGAAGUUGCAGAGGCAAAGUGUUAGGCUACUAGCUGUUCAACACGCAUGAGCUACACGCACAUACACGGGUUUAACACAGCUGACGAACCAGAUAUUGUGUCUUAUGCAUUUCACGCCGGACCAUUAUUGACAACGAGUCGCUCGGGUUGUCAGAGGUUGUUUUUUUCCUUUACCGUCCUUUUGAUUUAAAAAGAAAACGUCCAGAGGCCUCUGGUGGCAGAGGAGCGAACAACACACACAAUACAGCUGAGGUCUGUGGUGAUCUGUGAAUAAAAACUUCAGCCUGA